CAAGCCUAAUUCGAUGGGGAGGUAACUGGUUUAGACAUAGAGUUAGAUGAUAACUUUUCAUUGUUCGCCACGUUGAAAUAAAAUGGAAUUUCUUACUGGGAGCCCAUUUUCCUCUCCGGUUGGACAAAGAAUCCAACGGGCCACCAGCUCGGCUCUGCAGGCCGAAGACUGGGGGCUGAACAUGGAGAUCUGUGACAUCAUCAAUGAGACCGAUGAUGGGCCCAAAGAUGCAGUGAAAGCAUUAAAGAAGAGGAUUGUGGGAAAUAAGAAUUUCAGAGAAGUCAUGUUAGCACUCACCGUUCUUGAGGCUUGCGUAAAGAACUGUGGCCAUCGUUUCCAUGUACUGGUGUGCACCAAAGACUUUGCUGAGGGAGUCCUCGUCCGAGCGAUCCUCCCUAAAAAUAACCCCCCCAUGAUCUUGCAUGACCGUAUCCUGAGUCUUAUUCAGGCGUGGGCUGAUGCCUUCCGGAACUCCCCCUCUCUGUCGGGAGUAGUGAGUGUAUAUGACGACCUAAGAAAAAGAGGUCUGGAGUUUCCAAUGACUGAUUUGGAUGCGUUAUCCCCUAUCCACACACCCAACAGGAGUAUACCAGAAAAUGAGAUGUCUGUCACGUCUAGUCCUGUGUCUCCUGUCCCUUCCACUGAUAAUAUAUCCCAAAUCCUUCAACUACCUCAGACCGGCGACGGACCUGUCUCACUGUCCACUCAACAGAAGCAGAAAUUGAAUGCUGAGCUGGAUGUGGUUAAGGGGAACCUAACCGUGAUGACUCAGAUGUUGAAUCAUCUCACACCGGGAGAGAGCCAGCCGUCUGACACUGAGCUACUCCAGCAGUUGUAUUCUGUGUGUAAGGACAUGCAAAACAGAGUGAUGGAGUUGAUUCCUAAGUUGGCAGAAGACGCUCUGAUCGGACAGUUGUUGAGUGUAAACGAUGAGCUCAACAACGCUUUCAUCCGCUACGAGAGGUUUGAAAGACUUCACAGAACACAAAAGAGCACGAAAUCAGAGGAGAGUUCUGAAACCGGAAACCUCAUUGACCUCAGCCCUGUGUCUGAGCCCACCAAUCAAAAAGCCACAAACCCAGCUAUGAGUCAACCAGCGGUUAACGCUCUACUCAGUCAGACAGCAGAAGAUGAUGAUGAGUUUGAUAUGUUUGCUCAGACCAGGGCAAGCUCACUGGCUGAACAGAGAAAGAGCGUACGGUACGAAGACCCUGGAGCGGUAGAAGGUCUGGCUGAAGCUUUGGAUACCCGGCUACAGGUCACGGGAGCGGUUGGAAUGCCGGACUUGGGUCCUGGGUCUGACUGGAUGUUCGGUGAAGGGAUGACGACAGCCCCUCGAUCUUCUGCCAUGGACGAAAUUGAGAAAUGGCUGUCUUCAGAAGUGCAUGAAGAACCUGGGGAAGGUGACGGACUGACUAGUGAAGAGUUUGAUAAAUUUCUUGAGAAAAGGGUGAAAAGGGCUGACCGUCUUCCUUCUGUGCACAAAGAUUCCUCCACCAAUGCUCAGCAGCUCUCUGAGUCUGCUCAGAAAGAGGAGAGCUCUCACGACCAGCUCUUUAAGCUCUAACUGACCGGACAGAAACACACGACAGAUCAGACCAACAGGUAGCAAUACACGGUUCAUCGCAUGAGCUUCCGAUACAAACCAUUUUGGUUCUUUUUUUUUUUGUUUUUUUUUGUUUUGUUUUUUUGUUUUAUUUGAUUUCAGUUGUGAUUAUUAUUUGCCAAAAUCUGUAAAGAAAACUACUGCACUGGACAUCCCACACAAAUUGCUUUCCAAAAUGCAUGUACAUGUCCUCUAGUAUCUUUUAGCUUUCUUUGUUCUGCUGCUUGUACAUAAAACAUUCCAGUGCUUUCUUAUGAUAUAAUUCUGUACAGUGCCUGUCCACAGUGACAGUGCUGAUGGAUGAGAUGAGAUGAGAUGAGAUGUGUCCUAAGCUUUAAGAAACGGGCAAAUUUAAACUGAAAAAUCAUAUCAGACGUCUUAAGAUAUCACAUUAUCGCAUGUGCUUAGUAUAUCAAGAUACGGUCAACUGUUCAAUACAGGAAAUAUGAUAUGAAAAUGAACUAGUUUUUGUUGUUUAUGAAUAAUUUAAGUUAAGCUCGUUUAAAUGUAAUGACAUUCUGUGAUGACAAAGACACUUAAAAAAAAAAGACACUUAAAAUAUUACAACCAUCAAAAUGUGACCACAACAGUUAUGAAUUAAAGAGUCACUUUCCUCUCA